ACCGAGUCUGAUAGAAAUGGGGACGACAUCCGCUACACUCCCCAAGGUGCUAUUCACAACAGCUGCCACUGCGAGCACCAGGCGCAACAGUAGAACAAGAAAUGCAGUGCAGAUAGGAGGACUCAACUCCUUCGGAGGUUUGAAAGCUCACAACAGUGUAGCAUCAAUAGGACUUCCUGUAUGCACUGAGCAAUCCUUCGCUAAGUUUGUCAACUCUUUGAAAUCAAUACCUCAAGGUAAAAAGGGAGGAGCACUUUCAUCUACCUGCAGUGUUGCAGGUGAGAUAUUCAAUAUAGUUUUGAUCAUGAAUGGUCUCACUUUAGUGGGGGUUGCUGUUGGAUUUGUUCUUCUCCGUAUUGAAGCCUUCGUUGAGGAAUCUGAAUGAAAAUGUGGUGUUUAACAGCUGAUAUAAAAAGAGGAUCUGUUUCAACAUCAAAGAUUAUCUCUUCCCGACUUUUUUCCAGCUUUUUUGCUUUUUUUAUACUGUUAUCGAGGAAAAAUAAAUUCGUUCAUUUCACUGUAUAAUCAAAGAUAGGUGAACCUAGAAUAUCUAAUAUAAUCCGAUAUCUCAAUAUAUAGAGCAAUUAUAUUAUUGAAUAA